AUGUCGCAAAAUAAAGAACAAGCGGAAAAAGACCCAAAAGAUGCAUCAGUAUCCUCAUCAUCAGCCUCAUCUUCUAUCACUUUGCCAAUUCAAAAACAACGCCAGACAGGUGCAGAGUUCCCUGCGGAAGAAACGAAUGAGAAAAUAACAUCUAAAUUAGCAUACGAAAUAGAAAACACCCAAACUGAAAAGAACAAUAAUAGGCAUAUUUUGAUUGAAGAAAAAUCAAAGAAUGAGACAAUGUUCAAUGAAAAAGUCUCUGCUGAAAAUUCACGGAGUAACGAUAAUAUAAUGGUGCAAAUAACAGGAACAAGCUCUGAUGCGCGUGUUUCUAAAGGUUUCAUGGCACCUAUCGAGGAUCAUAAAGGUAAACGCGUCUCGCUUGUACCAAGGCGAAAUGGCGCUAAAAGAAGAUCGCAGUAUUAUAGUGCAGAUUCAACACAUAACUUGAGACGAUUUAGCACAGCACCACACGUACGACAAGAUAUGGCGCCUAGACAAAAAUAUACACCGUGGGUGUUAUUUUCAAAACUGGUGACGUUGUUCAUAUCGGAUAAGCUUCUUACAAAGACUGGAAAGAUGGAAAAUCCACAAAUACGACAAGCAUGGCGUGAGAAGGUAGCAUUAUGUUUUUGUAUUCUCCUCGUGUCGGCCGCAUUGGGUUUCUUUACAUUUGGAUUGCUUCAACUUUCUUGUAAUCAACAAUUGAACAUGUAUCACCAAGUUAUCACGGAUAAAUUUGGUGCUACGGGAGGAAAUCAACGAGCAAUGAUUGUAAGAGGAAAAAUUUAUAAUGUUGGAGAUUACUUUCGGCUUGGUUUUCAUCGACCGAUAUUCCCGUUUACUGACGAUACACUAAAUGGUACUAUCACAUCAAGAUACGGAAAAGAGAUCAGUGAUUUAUUUCCUUUAGAUAACGCUGCUAUUGGAUGUGCAUAUCAACCUGUAUAUAAUAAUGGCGCAUUAUGCGCCGGAGCACAAAUCAAUAACUCGCAGCUUCAUUGUCAUACUUCUCGUAAAUCUAUUGACACGCUCGAAAGUGUAUGGAACGGAAAUUACGUGGCAUACUCAUGGGAAGACAUUCUCAAAAACAAAUAUUUCGUAUGGAACCAGAAAGUUUAUGAUGUUACUGAGGUGCUUGCUAAUCCAAAUCACUGGUUUAAUGACAACUCUACACGUCCAUUGCUCUUAUCUUUGCUCGGAACCGACGCGACCAUGUUCCUUACUCAACAGAAGGGCUUGUCAUCGACAACAAAUUGCUUUGAACAUUUUCUCAUUGGAGAAGUUGAUGGUCGAGGGGUUGGCUGCAGCAUUGCUAAUUUAAUAGUGAUUUUCUUGACCUCAAUCUUUACUGUUGUCACGUCUAUCAAAUUCUUGUCGGCAGCGAUUUACGAGUGGUUUAUCACUGAAAAAAUUUCCAAAGUUUUGGCAAAACCUAAAUCUAAAGAAGAAAUAAAAUAUGUGGUUAUUUUGGUUCCUUGCUAUUCUGAGAAUGAAGAAUCAAUGCGCGCCACACUUGAUUCUCUUGCAGCAAAUGAUUAUUCAAAUGAACAUAAAUUAUUCUUCGUAAUUUCUGAUGGUAACAUUACUGGAGCAGGAAACGACAAAUCGACACCGGAGAUAUUAAAAGGUAUCAUGGAAAUUAAAGCCCCAAAGAUUGGUGACCCUGAACCAAAAUCUUAUCUAGCAUUAGGGGAUGGUACAAAGCGACACAAUAUGGCACAAGUUUAUGCCGGUUAUUACAAUUAUGAGGAUCAACAAGUCCCCAUGAUUUUAGUGAAUAAAUGCGGAACACCCAAAGAACAGGAGGAACCGAAAGCAGGAAACCGAGGAAAACGUGAUACACAAUUAAUUUUGAUGCAAUUAAUAGCUCAUGCAUUUUACAAUGAGAAAAUGUCAGAGUUGGAAUUUGACCUCUUUGAAAAGAUUCGUUUCGUCACCAAUGGAGUCACAAUUGAUAAAUAUGAAUUGGUCACGAUGGUGGAUGCCGAUACUUUAGUCAGUCGUGAAGCUUUGAAACGAAUGGUGGCUACUAUGGAGAAUGAUCCAAAAGUAAUUGGAUUAUGUGGUGAAACUAAAUUAUUAAACAGAACUCAAUCUUGGGUCACAAUGAUUCAGAUCUUUGAAUAUUAUAUUUCUCAUCAUUUAGGAAAGACUUUCGAAUCAGUAUUCGGAGGCGUCAUAUGUCUGCCUGGAUGCUUUUGCAUGUAUCGCGUCUUUGCGACGAAAUACGAUGGAUUGCGAGUUCCAAUUCUAGCAAACCCCGAUAUUCUAAAAGCUUACUCGACAAAUGAUGUAGAGACACUACACCAAAAAAAUUUAUUACUUCUAGGCGAAGAUCGUUACCUCACAACUCUAAUGCUCAAAACGUUUCCAAGGCGAAAAACACUCUACUGCUCCACGGCAAUCUGUCAUACAUUAGUCCCCGACAAAUUCAAGGUUCUCUUAUCCCAACGGCGUCGUUGGCUCAACGGAACCGUGCAUAAUCUAAUGGAAUUAGUAACGGUCUCACAACUACCCGGAAAAUUCUGCUUCUCCAUGCAAUUUGUCGUGUUCCUAGAACUGUUCGCCACUGUGACAACACCUUUUGCCGUAUUGUUUCUGACUUAUUUGGUGGUUGGAGCCGCACUGGGACAGUCUGUCGCGUUGCCGUUUAUAUAUUUCGCAGUGAGUUUGCUGCUUCAAGCAGUAUUGGUUAUGGUCACUUCGCAUAAGCCGUUGUAUAUUGUUUGGUUCAUGGUGUUUAUAGCGGCAUUUCCUAUCUGGAAUUUGGUUGUGCCGUUAUAUGCAUAUUGGCAUUUUGACGAUUUCUCUUGGGGUGCAACACGCAAAAUAGACGGUACCGACACGGGUCACGGCGGCAACGGUUCAUCAGCUGAUUACUUUGAUCCACGUGUAAUAAAGUGGAAAAAAUGGGAUGAAUGGAGGAGUGAACUCCCCACAUACAGUUCUCUUUCAACAGCCAACUCGGAAACUGAUAAAGAAUCUUUUAUUGCUGAAACAUUUGAAAAAUUGACAGGAGAAGCUUACAAUAAACGUGAUGCUAAUAAUGAUGAAAAUGUUUGA